CUCUGUUCACUUUCUCCUCUUUCUUUAAUCUUUUCUUUUGUGUUUUGUUCCACAAUUUUUUGAUUUUUCUCUUUUACCCGGAAAUUAAUUCGAUGUUAAUUGAUUUUCUUCAUUUAAUGAAAUUCAAUUGAUUGAAUGAAAUUCUUAAUUGCUCUGGUAUUCGUUUCUUAAAGAUCUGAUACAUUUUCGCCCAUGUAAUCUUCAUCAUCUGUGUUUCUCUUUGUUACCUGUUUGAUGAAAUUUUUCUACAUUCAUGGUUGAAUUUUCGGCGAUCUCAAUCAAUCUGCUUUUCCAUUUUGUUUUUAAUUUUUAUUAUUUUUUCCACAUUUUCCUUUAUUUUUCACCUCUUCUGUCUCAAAAGAAUUACAACCAUUGAUUAAUCGAUAAAGCGAGGGAAAACCACCUUUUGAUCAUCUUAAUUUACGAAUAUUUUUCUUUUGUUGGUUAACAUUUUACAUAACACUAAUUCACCAUGUCCUCUGCACAAGCAUUUUGUCUCCGACGUAAUAACCAUAGUUCAGACAUGUCUGAGCACUUUGAACGAAUGUUUAAAGAAGAAUCAUUAGUUGAUGUAACUCUCUCUUGUAAAGAUGGUAGUAUUCGAGCUCAUAAGAUGGUUUUGAGUGCUUGUUCUUCGUAUUUCAAGAACAUUUUCAGCAAAUUCAUUAACCCAUAUCAAUAUCCAGUUGUCAUCAUGAAGGACGUACCAUUUGCUGAUCUUAGAGCUAUAGUUGAGUUCAUUUAUCGAGGUGAAGUAUUUGUACCUCAAGAACAAUUGGCAUCGGUUCUUAAAUCAGCCGAAUCAUUGAAAGUAAAAGGAUUAUCCGAUGUCAAUGUGAACAAAAGUCAACUGCAACUUCCUCGACAACAGCAGCACAUCUCUGGUGAGCACAGCGCUGGUCAACUUGGUGCUAAUGUUCCAUUACAACACAUUUCUUCGGGUGUUCAUGGUCAAGCUGAAUUCGCUGCUACCCAAUCUCACAAUUUCUUAUUGACUAAACAAGGAUAAGAUCAUUUUACUUGCAUCACAUUUGGUAAACAAAUAAGAAGAACUAAAAAAUCAAACAUCCUUCACGUUCUUGCGAUUUAAUGAGAAGCAGCUAUUGUAUAAAUGGCAUGGAUGUUAUUCAUCAUUUUUUUCUCUCUUUCUCUCUUUCUCUCACUCUCCCUUUUUUCUUUUCUCAUAAAUUCUUUCUUCCUAUUUCUGUCCACCUUAACCUUUCCUCUUCUUUCUCUCGAUCAUCCGAUUAUCAUCUCUAUUAAUAAAGACUGAUAUAGAAUCAACUUUGUCCUCUACCACAAAAA